AUGAGUUCAGAUUCAGUCGAAAUUCUUUUUAAUGAUAGAAUUUCAAAAGAUGAUCCAGAAGCAAUUUUUCAAAUCGUCGAAAUCGUUGGAUCAGGUUCAUUUGGUACAGUUUGUGCAUGCAGAUGGAUGAAAAAAAAAGAUAGAGAAGCAAAUGAUAAUAAAUUAAUAGCAUGUAAAUUUGUCGAAGUUAAUCCAGAAGAUACAGAAACCAAUAUCAAUUUAGUUAGAGAAAUCGAUAUCUUAAAGGAAUCAAUGGAUUGCCCAUAUAUUGUAGAAUAUAAAGGUUGCUAUUUAAAGAGUAAUAUGUUACUUAUAGUUAUGGAAUACUGCAAAGGUGGUUCAUUACUCGAUAUUAUAGAAUUAUGUGAAAAGCGUCUCGUCGAAGAAGAAAUUGCCGCUGUUUGCGCAGGUGUUGUAAAAGGUUUAGUUUAUUUACAUUCAAAAAAAACUUCACAUAGAGAUAUUAAAGCAGGUAAUAUUUUAUUAGAUGAAGAAGGUUUACCAAAAUUAGCUGAUUUUGGUGUUUCAACAAUUGCAGAACAAGGACAAAAGAUGAAAACAGUAAUUGGUUCACCAUAUUGGAUGGCACCAGAAAUUAUUAUGGGUCAAGGUUAUGAUCAAAAAGCAGAUAUUUGGUCAUUAGGUAUUACAGCUAUUGAAAUCGCAGAAUUAGUUCCACCAAGAUUUGAUGUACCACCAUCCAGAGUUAUCUUUACUAUUCCACAUCAACCACCACCAACUCUUAAAAUUCCAUCCGAUUGGUCACCAGAGUUUAAUGAUUUUGUAAAACAAUGUUUAUCUAUGAAUCCAGCAAAUAGACCAUCAGCCCAACAAUUACUCAGCCACCCAUUCAUUCUCAAGGGUUCAAGUCAACAAAUUCUUCAAAAAUUAGUUAACGAAUGUAUUCCAAUUCUCAAAGAGAAAAGACAAGAGAAAAUUAGACAACUCGAAGAACAAGAAGCUAAAAAUAGUGCAAGCAAAAUGGUAUCAAGUGUUGGUACUAGAGCUUCUCAAGCUUUAGCCACUGCAAGAAAAGCCGAGUCACUCAGAGGCUCUGUUGUCAUUUUGAACUCUAAGGAUAAAACUGCUUCCAUUAUGCGUAAUAAAAAUCCACCAACCAGCUCUGCUGCAGCAGGCGGUGCCGGUUCAACAAGAAGAGUACCAGGUAAUAAAAGUGUACUCAAUAGAUAUCCUCCUGCCAAUGCAGUUAAUCAAAAUACCAAUGUACCAUCACCAGCUGGCGGCACAAGUAGACCUGGUAAAAUAAACUCACCAUUUUUACAACAACAAAACCAACCACCACCUCCAAAACCAGUCUCAAAACCAGUUUCAAAACCAACAACAACUAAACCAACUGCAGCCGCCUCAGCAUCUUCUACAAAUUCAACUACUCCAACUAAAAGUGGUGGUUCAAGUUUAAAUAUUAAACCAACUAGUAGCGUAAAUAGAAGUUCAAUAAGUAUUGGUCAACAAAAACAACAACAACAACAACAACAAGACCACGAUGAUGAAGAUAGCCACAGUGUUAUCUAUCAUCCAUCAUGUAGCGAAGACGAAUCUGAUAUUGAAUUUAAUAAAGAGGAUUAUGAAAUCAUAGAUAUUUAA